GAGGCCUUAGCAAGAGCAACCAGUGUCUUGGGUAGCCAUUCUAAUCAAAUGAAGGGCCGUUGAGACCUUAUUUCACCACCUCUCUUAUGUGUGUUAAGAAAUAAAGAGUGGGCUUUUGGCACUUGCCUACACUUCUUCCUUAGCAUCUCUCACCAGGCAUAGAGGUGAAUGUCCAAAGCCAUGAUUCCUUUGGUUUUUGAUUGCAGCAUCUUUACUUCACACUGGACAGGUUGUGUUUUUUCAGCUCUACAGCAAAAACAAACAAACAAACAAAGAACAACCUCCCUCUGAGUGAACUCUUCAGUGACAAAAUAAAAAAAUUCAUUCCAGUAGCACCUUAGAGACCAACUAAGUUUGUCAUUGGUAUGAGCUUUCAUGUGCAUGCACACUUCUUCAGUGACAUUGCUUUGUUUGCUGACCAUCAUGUGCAAAUGUAAUAUGGCCAUAUUUUUCAGAGAGGUGACUCAUCAUCAAUCACUUCAUAAAAAUGGGGAGUUGUGGCAUAUUAUGAAAUAGAAGCAUCUCUAACCAAUCACAAGCUCAUUCAUUCUCUGGAGCCUUUCCUAAGGGGUAUUUCUGCUGUGCAGCGUCCUGGAAAUUUCAGAACCUAGACCAGGCAUCCCCAAACUUUGGCACUCCAGAUGUUUUGGACUACAAUCCCAAUCUUCCCCCACCACUGGUCCUGUUAGCUAGGGAUAAUGGGAGUUGUAGGCCAAAACAUCUGGAGGGCCGAAGUUUGGGGAUGCCUGACCUAGACCCAAAGAAGGCUACAUCCCGAAUAGAAGCCUUCACUGCCUCCAGCAACCCAUGCAGCUAUUGCUCAUUUCCACUCAAUAAAUUGCACCCUUGAGGCUUUGCAGCUGCCGCCAAACUUCACUUUAUGGGGAGUGGUAUUGCCACUUUGGUAAGUAGGUUUCUCAACCUUGUUGGACAUCCUGCCUCGGUGCUCAUCGCCCAGCCUCAAAGGGAGAAAGCGGAGAGCCGUCCUUUAAAGGCGUGCAAGGGCUCACCUCAGCGAGGGAAUCGCAAGGGGGCUUCCAAGCCGUGGUUCAAAUGCAUUUUUAACGCGAAAAAGCGAAGUAAACUAGGCGAGACCGUUGCAGAGCCCACGCCGCCCAAAAAGCCAGGUAGGUGCAGUUUGGUCCUAUGCCUGUAAGGAAUGAAGUGCAGCCCUGACGCAUCCGCCUCGUAUUCCCCCCCCCCAAUCAUUUUCCCUAGAGCCCCCGGACCCUUUCACAUAAGAAGGAGCACCGCACGCGGCUUCCGAGAUCCUAGGAGGCAGCAGGACUACGUUUCCCGUCGUGCUUCGCGAGCCGGCGGGGCCUCUGCUGCGCCAAUGGGAGCCGCUGUUACAGACGGGAUCCGCGAACCGUUUGUAAGGAGCCAUAGUGGAGGCCGCUCGCCGACUUCCUCCGCCGGCCGCCCGGCUGGGGUCCAAGGCUGAGGAGGCCGCUAAGGCUGCCUGAAGGAUGGAACCAAACCCUGCCAGGAGUAAAGUCCCAGCUUUCUUAUCAGACUUGGGGAAAGCAACCCUGAGAGGCAUCAGGAAAUGCCCCCGGUGCGGCACUUACAACGGCACCCGCGGGCUGAGCUGCAAGAACAAGACUUGCGGCACUAUCUUCCGCUACGGCACCCGGAAGCAGGCCAGUGCCGAUGCGGUCAAGAUCAACACUGGCUCUGAUCUACAGGUCUAUUCAGUGCGGCAGAGGGACAGGGGGCCAGAGUACCGGUGCUUUGUGGAUCUGGGAGUUUCGGAGACCACCAUCCAGACAGUAGACGGGACCAUCAUCACACAGCUCAGCUCUGGGCGCUGCUAUGUCCCAUCGUGUUUGAAGGCGGCUGCACAAGGGGUGGUGGAAAACCAGUGCCAGCACAUUAAGCUGGCUGUGAACUGCCAGGCAGAGGCCACCCCGUUGCCCCUGAAAAGCUCAGUCUUGAACUCGUUGCAGGCCCCUGCUGAGACAAAGCAAACCUUAUGGCAGUUGGCCACGGAGUCCACAGGGCCCCUAGUUCAGAGGAUUACCAAGAAUAUCCUCGUGGUGAAGUGCAAAGCCAGCCAGAAGCAUAGCUUGGGUUACCUCCACAUCUCCUUCUCCCACAAGGCUGGCCACAAGAGCAGGGCGGAGCACCGCUUCCUCUGCUCCUGCCAGUCGCUGAAGUCCAGCAAGGCCACCUCUGCUAAGGAAGAGGCAAGCCAGAAAUGCAAUCACUUCUUUGCCUGCCUCUGUGCCUUUGCCAGCGACGAUCUCUUGGCCCAGGAGUUUGCAGAUUUCCUCAGCUAUGAUUCCAGCGGUCUGAAGUCAACAGUAGGAGCCCAGCUUCUCUGUCAGCCUGAAUCCGCUUUGAGCUCUGGAGAGGCUGCUGCCUCCAAGGCCAAAAAGAGGAAAAAAGAUGAAGGAAUGGGCACACAAGCAAGCAGCCCCCUCUUGUCUCAAGACGUGGCAAACACAAACCUGCGCAAAAGUGGAUUGAAAAAGCCAACAGUUGCUUCACUGAAAAGGCAAGCUUGCAGUCAGCUGCUUGAUGAAUCACAAGUAACCUUGUCCUUCCAAGAGUGGCUGGCCAGUGUCACUGAACGCAUCCACCAAGCCAUGCAUUACCAGUUUGACGGCAAGCCAGAGCCACUGGUGUUCCACAUCCCCCAGGCUUUCUUUGAGGCUCUCCAGCAGAGGAUUUCUGUUGGGAGCAUCAAGAAGCGGAUGCCAAAUUCGACCACAGCUUUUGUCCGGAAAGAUGCUUUGCCCCUGGGCACCUUUUCCAAAUAUACGUGGCACAUCACAAACAUCUUGCAAGUCAAACAGAUCUUUGAUACCCUUGAGAUGCCUCUGAAAAUAACACGCAGCUUCAUCCAGAACCAAGAUGGCACCUACGAGCCUUUUAAGUGCCCCAAAGUUGAGGUGGAGAGCAUUCCAGACACUUACGGGCGCUUGGAGAAGCAGCCAGUCCUCCGGCCUCUGGAGUUGAAAACCUUCCUGAAAGUGGGCAACACAUCCCCUGAUCAGAAGGAACCGACGCCUUUCAUCAUUGAGUGGAUCCCAGAUAUCCUCCCCCAGUCAAAAAUUGGUGAACUGAGGAUUAAGUUUGAAUAUGGCCACUACAGAAAUGGCCACACCACCGACUACCAGGAGCAGCACACUUCCCUCGAACAGACGCUGGAGCUUAUGCCUCUCACCACCAUCACCUUCCCUUGAACUCAUCACGCGGUUCUUGCACAGCUUGGUUUGCACAACCCCCCCUGCCCUGUAGCUGGUCAGCCUUUGUGGGUAUCAGUUAGCCAUUUGACUGGGGAACGCGCCAGGAGCCAGAAUGCUGCAGGGCUUCACUACACAAAUGACCCACUUCUUCUUUUUAAGCAGCUGCACUAGAAACCUCUGCCUCUUUCCUUUCAAACAGUGUUUUCAGUCGCUUCUUGGUACCAAAUUAAUUCAUGCACUCUCCACUUCUACUCUGAGACUCACCUGAUUGCUGUUUUUUUUCCGCCAUCCUAUUUUGCACAGUUGACAGAUUACAGGUGAGGGUGGUGCAGAAUGUCCAGGCGCUAGGCUGCUUUGGCUAAUUACUAUCCCCUUACCGGCAUAUUUUGCAAUAUAUUUCUACAAUAAACUAAAUUGAACCAAUUCCAGUGUUUUGAGUUCAGUCUCUCAGAUAAACACCAGCAAGCUUGAGCCGCUUCCCAUUCACACAGUUCCUGCUUUGAGUCACCCCUAGAGUGUACUUCCAAAAAAUACAAAAGCAAAACUGCGGCUGGAAUUACUGGGUUGUUGGGGUCUCUAUCCAGUUACUGCAAACCCCUGCAAGUGAACUGACUUUGCACAGCAUGAAUGCAUCAGCUGGUUUGUGCAUCAGGAACCAAAUUCAGACUUCUUUGUGGACAAAGGAUGUGUGGAGUUUGCAAACAAUAGCACUGCAUACUUCCGCACUGGAACAGAGAGACGUAGCAGGAUCCAGGCAAAGUAGAGCACUAAUGGCAUGGACAUGAUUUAAGUACACACCGCACCGUGAGCAAUCAGUGGCAUUUAAAAAGGUUUCAGGACAGAAUUACAACUUCCCAAGAACAUCAACCCCAGCCCCGGGGAAAGUCCCCUACUCCCCGUUUCUCUAGUACAAAUUGUCUUAGACCAUUCAAUGUUGUGAAGCAAAUCAGUAGAAAAAUAGAUGGCACGAUGGCAUCAAAUGUUACGAGAGGAGAGAAGAACUUGACCAGUGUUAGAAACUGAGAUAUGAAAGCUAGCAGCUAAAUGGCACCACAAACCUGGGUUAUGAGUGUAACAAUGGACUGUCUAGCUGUGCUUUUUUUAUAACAAGAAUACAAAGCUGAAAAUGAAUGAACUGCAGCUAAAACAUUACGUUCAUUUUUCAGAUGGUCUAGUCCUUCACUUGCCCACCCCCCUAAUAUUCUUAAGAGGGUCUCUUCUCCUGUCUUCAGAGAGUAGCUGGAAGUGGGGAGGCAGAAAAAGGUCCUCCUUCCACACUGCAUUUUUUGUUUUUAUUAAAGGUUUUCUUGGUUUACAAAGAUACGUGCAAUGUCUCUCAUAACAUUUUUACAAAUCAGUUUCAUUUGUUGAGACAUUGGGAAGAAAAGG